AUGUUCAACGAUAUUCUGUCUCCAGUUUUCAUAUUUUUUUGGAUCAUUUUAGGAAUUCUAUCUGUCAUUGCCCUUUUAGGAAAUGGGUUUAUUACAGCUAUGAUCAGUCACCAAUGGCUCCAAACUGGGAAGAUGGCUUCAUGUGAUUUCCUCUUAACCAGCUUGAGCACCUCCAGAUUUCUGCUGCAGUUGUCUUCUCUCUUAGGCUAUCCUGUGUAUUUCAACAUUCCUGAGGUCAGCUUUUAUUAUUCUGCUCUAGCAGUCAUGAGCAUUUCCUGGUUCUUAUUUCACAUAACCAGCCUCUGGAGUGCCACAUGGCUCAGCAUUUUAUAUUGUGUGAAGGUCACCAACUUUCCCAAUAAUUUCUUCUUCUGGUUGAAAACAAGAAUCAAUGUGCUCGUGCCCAGACUGUUUGCAAUGUCGGUAGCUGUUUCCAUUAUCGUCUCUCUUCCGUCAUUUGUCUGUUAUUUUCAAGAUGAAAAAUCAUGCAAUCUAACAGACACUCAGUCAGUGAAUAACUACCAAAACUUGUUCUUUGCUCCCAUUUCUCUGCAUUUCACUAUUAUGGCCAUAAAUUUCAGUCUAAAUGUAACAGCAUCCAUUCUUUUGCUUGCUUCUCUGUGGAGGCACACAAGGAAUCUGAGGGAGAAUGGUAUUGCUCUUAAGGACCUCAACACUCAAGUCCACAUCAAGGUCAUGAAGUCCAUUCUGCUUUAUCUCUUCUUGUAUGUUUUGUAUAUCACAUCGAUGAUGCUUGCUACAGCCCAUAUUCUCAAGUAUGGAAGACCUGAGCGACUUGUAACUGAAAUCCUGCUCUCUGCUUUGUCUGCAGUACACUCUGCCAUAUUAAUAUCGACUAAUCCAAAACUUAAAAAAGCAUCUGCUUACAUUCUAAAAAUCAGAGAAAGGGCUUCUUGA